GGGCGCUGCGCUUGUCAGCUCGCCCAGCAUCUCCUCCCGAGGAGCAGCGCAGAGGAGGAGGAGGAGAGCGCAGGACGGGGAAGAAGGCGCUGGAAAUGUCCGAGGGUUUUUCCUCCGCCGCGUUUGGUUUGUUGCGAUGAAGGAGAAGCUGUGGGACUGGGCGGACGCCGUCAUAUGGGCCUUCGUUCUCACGGACAUGCGGGGUCUGGUUCGCCGGUGGUGUUAACGCAGGAAAACACGCAUAAAAUAGCGCAACAAAACCCAGAAGAUGAAGAAGCAAUUCAAUCGGAUGCGACAGCUCGCCAACCAGACUGUUGGCAGGGCAGAGAAAACAGAAGUACUUAGUGAGGACCUACUACAGGUGGAGAAGCGUCUGGACCUGGUCAAGCAGGUCUCCCACAGCACACACAAGAAACUCACCGCCUGCCUGCAGGGACAGCAAGGGGCCGACGUGGAAAAGAGAUCAGUCAAAUCACCUUCGAAAAAGUUGCCCUUGACCACUCUGGCCCAGUGUAUGGUGGAGGGAGCUGCAGUUCUAGGAGACGAUUCUUUGCUUGGUAAGAUGCUGAAGAUGUGUGGGGACACGGAAGAGAAGCUGGCGCAGGAACUGAUCCUGUUCGAGUUCCAGAUUGAGAGAGAUGUGGUGGAGCCUCUUUACGUCCUGGCUGAAGUGGACAUUCCCAACAUACAGAAACAGAGGAAACAUCUAGCCAAGCUUGUACUGGACAUGGAUUCAGCGCGGACAAGGUGGCAGCAGUCGUCCAAGUCCUCCAGUCACCCCAGCAACCUGCAGCCGGGCGGGGCCAAAUCAGAUUCCCUUAGAGAGGAGAUGGAAGAGACAGCCAAUCGCAUGGAAAUCUGCAGGGACCAGUUAUCAGCGGACAUGUACAACUUUGUGGCCAAAGAAAUAGACUAUGCAAACUACUUUCAGACGCUCAUAGAGGUUCAGGCGGAGUAUCACAGGAAGUCUCUGGAGAUUCUGCAGAGCGUGCUCCCUCAGAUCAAAGCGCAACAGGAGGCCUGGAUAGAGAAGCCAUCCUAUGGGAAGCCGUUAGAAGAGCACCUGACCCUCAGUGGCAGAGAGAUAGCCUUCCCCAUCGAGGCCUGUGUCACCAUGCUGCUGGAGUGCGGCAUGCAGGAGGAGGGUUUGUUCAGAGUGGCCCCAUCAGCGUCCAAACUGAAGAAGCUGAAGGCGUCGCUGGACUGCGGGGUGGUGGAUGUGCAGGAGUACUCUGCUGAUCCACACGCCAUAGCAGGAGCUCUGAAGUCGUAUCUCCGUGAACUCCCUGAACCUCUGAUGACCUCAGAGCUCUAUGAGGAGUGGAUUCAGGCUUCAAAUAUUCAAGACAUGGACAAGAGGCUCCAGGCCCUGCUGAACUCGUGUGAGAAACUUCCAACUGACAAUUUAAACAAUUUCAGAUACUUAAUUAAAUUCCUAUCCAAGCUCACAGAGUACCAGGACUCCAACAAGAUGACUCCUGGUAACAUCGCAAUAGUACUCGGACCCAAUCUGCUGUGGUCGCAUUCUGAAGCGAACAUGACAGAAAUGAUGACCACAGUGUCCCUGCAAAUUGUGGGAAUCAUUGAGCCAAUCAUCCAGCACGCUGACUGGUUCUUCCCAGGAGAUAUCGAGUUCAACCUGACGGGCAGCUACGGCAGCCCCAUGCACACCAACCACAACUCCAACUACAGCUCCAUGCCCUCUCCAGACAUGGACCAAUCGGAGCGCAAGCAGCCGCACGACCAGAGCCGACGCCCCCUCAGCGUCGCCACCGACAACAUGAUGCUGGAGUUCUACAAAAAGGACGGCAUUAGGAAAAUACAAAGUAUGGGGGUAAGAGUGAUGGACACGUCCUGGGUCAAGGGAAAAGGCGCCUCCACUCUGGCUCGGAAAGCCUCAUCCACCCCACCCAGUGCACAGCCCCCAGGUUCGCCAGCAGACACCCUCCUCUCCGAGCAGUGCGGGGAUUUAGCCACCUCCCCCAUCCCCACUCCUCCUCCUGUGGACCGGGCCGGCUCGGACGAGGUGUCGCCCCACCGGCCGGACCCCUCUCAUGCCUAUGCGCCCCACGGGGAGGAGCGGCCGCCCCCUCCUUACCCUUCCUCCUCCUCCACUUCCUGCACCCCUCACGGCCCUCAGCACUUCUACCCCAAGCCCCCUCCCUGUGCACGCCCCGUGGCCCCGGGCCCCGAGUCCCAGCCCCCCGACUCCCCGCCCUUGCGUUGGUCCGGCUUCGGCCCCCCUGCUCACCCCAUGUCCCUGCCCCAGCCCCAGCUUCACCCUCUGCCCCAGCUGCCCCCACCCUCCUCCUCUUCCUCCUCCUCUUCCUCCUCCCUCGACAUCAACUCCAACCCCAAACCCAGCUGCCUGCACUUCCCCAAACAUGGCCUCGCGUGCGACCCGCCGCAUGCCGUCCCGCCCGACACGAACGCCUCCCCCCUCUACGUUAAAACACCCCUGGUCCUCACCCGCCACGAGGUGGUGCUCGGAAACCCCCCUAGCCUCCCCUCCUCCGGCCCCCCUCCGUGGGCCGCCUGCCCAUGUGCCCGCGAGCGAGGACCCCCCAGGCUGACUAGCACACUGAAGAGCAAGGAGCUCUCGCCUGUGAUCGGCCAUAAGGCUGUGCAGGUAGCAGGACCAACAGUGCCCCCUGUAGGCCAGCAGAGCAACAGCCAAUCGCCGCACUCGGCUGAGCACAGCCCACACACCCUGCGCAAAGCCUCGAAGAAGCUAGCCCCCGUGCCGCCCAAGGUCCCGUACGGCCAGUCAGGGGGGAUGUCAGACCAGUCCACAGGUCAGCCGUCACCGGUCAGCCUGUCCCCCACUCCCCCGAGUACCCCUUCCCCGUACGGCCUGGGCUGCCCCCCAGGGCACGCGCCCGCCUCCUCCCCCGGGCAGGCCCCACUCGGGACCCCCCACUCCCUGUCCUCUCCCCCGUCUCUGACCGGUACGCUCACCAAGUCGCGGCCCACCCCCAAGCCCCGGCAGAGACCCAGCCUGCCCCCUCCGCAGCCGCCCACUGUCCCCCCCACCGCCCCCCAGCCCAUGGAGCAGGGCCUGCUGGACGGAUUGUCCCCCGGGGAGAGCAUGUCCACAGCAGAUCUCUUCAGCUUGGAAAUCCCCUCCAUCAAUGUCAAUCUGGACAGCCUGCUGGACGAGUUCAGGGUGGGUGCGCCCUGCCGGAGCUCCAUGGCCGUGGCUGACCACUCUCCAGAGAGGGAGCCCUUGACCGAGGAGGAGUCCCAGAGCACCACGCUAUAACCCCUGAGCCCAGCCAGCAGCAGCAGCCCAGCCCAGUCCACUCCAGUCAAGGCCAGCCCAGGCCAUCCCUGCCAUGCCAAGCCCUGCCAAGCUCACCUGCUUACCUUCUGCUGAGGCCCUGCCAACCGCCAGCAGGCCUCCUCCACCAGCUACCAAACCCCCAACCUCAACCGCUCUCCCUGCUUCCCCUGCUUCCCCGCACCCCUCUCCAUUGGAACUGGAUCCCACGCCCCAACCAACCCUUCCUGACAACCAACCAACCAACAAAACAUUCACACACCACACAACAUACGCACGCCUGCGCCAACCUUCUCACCGAUAAGUAGAUAAAUAACAAAUAACAAUCAACGAUACGUCUAUUAAUGAUAACAUCUUCUGUACACACAACUCACAACUUGUGCCAUAGCAGAAACCAAGGACGGAGGACUUUACAGGACUUACGGAAUGUUGCCGAUUGAGUUUCGUGGACGUUUGUGUAUUGUGGACGUUUGUGCCACGCUUGUUUUCUCUCUGGUCGAUUCUGCUUUUUUUCUUUCUGCCUUACAAUCGGAGCCUGACGUUUAUAAAAAAAAAAAAAAACGCAAUACAGUGGGACACGGAAGUUGGUGUUUGUUUGCUGCCUCUAAAGGAACCUCAUAUUCUUUUCUCAUGCUGGGAAGCAUGAGAUCGAAGCGCCUCCCUAUUGCGAGAGAGGGUAGCACUUGCCCGUUAAUCUUUACAGGGUCCAAGGAGAGGAGGUAGGACGGUGUCAUUCAUUUUUAUGCUGUAGAUGAACUGAAAACGUGAAGCAUGCAGAGUUUAUUUGUCUAGUUUUACAAUGCUGAGGCCUCAUUUGGCUCUUUUACUCUAGCUCUCUCCUGCUUUCUCAAGCUCUGUCUCUAUGUCUCCCUCUCUCACACUCUCUUUUCUUUUUCUCUCUCAAUAUCGCUCUCUGAUGUGCACGCAGAACUAUAGGUACACACACCACUGCUUUGGCCUAGACAAUAGCACCACCACUCGUACCGAUGACUUCUGAGGGAAAUUUGAUUUGAAGUCAACGGUGUAGAGACUGAAAUGUGUCUAGCACACUCAUCCAGUCUAGCACAUGAUUAAAAAAUGUUAUCAGAAGGUUGCUAACACUAAACACUAACACUGAGACACAAGUAGACACAACAAAACGAGAGCUCACAAGGUAGAUAUUGGUUUGUUGUUGUUGUUUUGUCUGGAGCUCCUCAAGCUCUUCUCGAGUUCUCCUGAAAGCUCUCCUGAAAAUACUUCAACUUAACCUGAAGGUCAGUGGUACGCAAUCUGCGCUUUUAAAAAAAAAAAAAAUUACCAGCUGCAAAUCUCACGGCCAGUUGACACUGACUGGUAAAGAGAGGUAAAACCAUUACGACAUUAUAUAUUUUGUGCCUCCCAAUGCAGAGACUCCAUUCAUUCAUCUAUCAGGACUUUAUUGAAGAUCAGUGACAGGUUCCGCUCCAGUGUAAAUACGAAGACUGUACAUAAAGAUCUGUAGAUACGUGUUAAUGAGAGGACAGAUGUAAAGGCAAAUAUGAAUUCUAUAUUCAUAUGUGUGACAUGCCAUAUUUAUCUUGUAUAGAGAUAACAAGUUCUAUGAUAACUGAGUAUUAUUUUGUCCCUGAAUACUUGUUGCCAGAUUCCCAGAGAGUGAGUGACUGAGUGAGCUUUUGCACUUUUGUAAGCCAUGAACACUAACUGUAAUAAUAUGUGAAUGCGAAAUAUGUAAAAAAAAAUGAGGGGG